UAGAAAAAGGAAGAAGUAAAGGUUAUGUUCUUUCUUGGAGAGGGAACGAAGAAGGCGCGUAUGGUUAAAAACAGUUCGGACGAAACAAAAGGCGGAGCAUAGAGAGAAACGUCUGAGCAUCGCUCGUAUUAUGUUUUACGUUGGAACGGGUUUUAAAUAAAAGAGUAAUGUGUUUGUCCGUUUUGCCUCCUCCAGUACGAUAGAAAAUACACACGUCUGAUACGUGCGUUUGUAUACGCAUAGUUUAUUGAGGGUGAGUAGGUAGGUGGGUACGUGGUUAGGUAUGUCCCCCUUACACCCCUAGCCAGAUACUCUUAACAUCUUGGUGGAACAGCAUGUUCGGCCAAUCAGAUAGGUGCGCGGGCGUGGCCGUGCCUAAGCGCGGCUUUGCGUUUGGCCGAAGCCCCGGGGUGGAACACUGUGGCACAGUGUUUUAUUUCGCGCAACUGUGGAGGGGCUGUUAGUUUCUGCCCUAUCCCUCCCCAAUAAAUUCCUUCUCGCUUUCCAUUCUCAUUCCUUCUUUCUUCUUUUGCCACGUUGUCUCACUCUGACAUGUUCCACUUCGCGCAGUAUCGGUCUCUUUCGUGCACAUUCGUUUCUUUUCGGUAUCAGUGUUCCCUCUCGGUAUCCCACUCCCCGUUCACUUUUCCACCUUCUUCCACAUUUUUCCUCCACACUUUCAGUUUCUAUCUCUAUCUAUCUUUCCCUCUUUCUCUCGUUCUCUUCUUUUCUAUGCCCUCGCUUCCUGGUCUCCUUGCGACAUUCUGAACCCCCCCUUCAGAUUUCUAUCUUCCCCUCCUCCGCGCCUAUGUGCCCCCACCUCCUUAUUCGUCCGCCUUCGGCUCCCUCUUUACUGCCGACACCACUAUCGUCGUCGCUUCUCUGUCUCUCCACGCUACCUGAAUCGACUCUCCCGGGAUGCUGCAAUUGUUGACAAUGCCGGAGAGUGAGAGAGAGUGCUGUGAGAGGAGUCGGGGCGAUUCCGCAUUUCGUACCCCGACACCCGUACGAGCGGUGGUGCCGCCGCUCUUCUCUGCCGGUGAACUUUUCGGAAGUGUGGGCGCGUGCGCAUGUCUACCAGUCGAGCUUUCUCUCUUCACCGUACUCGUCAUCACUUCUCUCCGUCUUUCUUCUUUCUUUUCCUCAUAUCUAUCUCUCUCUGUUGUUCUCUCGUUCGUUCACUGUAUGGUGCCGGUUUGAAGGUUUCUACCGAACAGCGUUAAAUGUGAUUUCUUCGGUUGAAGUAAGAAGAGCCUGUGUGACUACAUUCUACCGUUAAACUCUGUAGCUUUCCUUUAUCAAUUAAUAAUUCAAUGUGAUCCAGUUAGAAAUUUGAGAUAUUUAUACGACAGUGUAUGUAACUUGGAAACAUCAGAACUUAUUGAUAUAAACAUUAUAACGUAAUUGUGAAUUAAAUAUUACGGUUAUGAAAAGUACUCGGUAGUGAACAAUUUUAUCGCAACGGUGUUAAAAUGAGAUCGAUACGUGUUAGUGUAUACUGGGCUUUAUGCUCAGCCAAAAAUGACUAUUUUCUGUGAUCGAGUAUUUUUUACUGUGAGUUUGGUAACAAUGCCCACAGAUCCGUGACAUUGUUGAUUUUAUCAAUCGUACAUAAAGUGAUCGGUUCUUUUUUUAUAUCUUUUAUAUCUUUUAUUCAAGACGUUGAUUCAAUUAUUAUUACUUAUCUAUCGAAACAAUGUCGUUGCCGCGGGGUGUCGGUCUUGGUGUCGACGUGGGUCAAUUAAUGCAACAUCAGCAACAACAGCAGCAACAUCACGUGCUACCAGCCGCGUUUUUUCUUCGUGCUAGUGCUGAAAGAUAUCAAAGGACACCGAAGUGUGCAAGAUGCCGUAAUCACGGUGUUGUUUCCGCGUUAAAAGGUCACAAACGAUACUGUCGUUGGCGGGAUUGCGUAUGUGCGAAAUGUACACUAAUUGCGGAGAGACAACGGGUCAUGGCUGCUCAGGUCGCGUUAAGAAGGCAACAAGCCCAGGAGGAAAGCGAAGCUCGCGAAUUGGGCCUGCAACUGCAAUAUAAUGCUGGCAGCUGCACUACUGCUCCCGUGUUGCCUGGCGCAGCGAGUGCUACUACGCCAGCUGGCAGUCCGCCCCCGCACCCGGCCCAUGUAGCAAGUCCGGCCGGUUUAGCAAUUCCAGCGGCUGCAGCAGCCGCGGCCGCGGCUGCCGCCGCGCACAUUCAAACGCAACUUCAGCAUCAGCAACCUGAUUGCAGUCUUUUGCAGCGGAAAAGACUUCCUCAGGAUGAAUAUCGGCAGCCCAAGAUCGAGAAACAGGAAUCAAUCGUCGGUGGAAUUGCCGGCACAAAGAGGUCGAGAAUCUCUGAGAGCACUACGGGAACAAUGCUUUCCACGAGCGACACCGGUAACGAAGACGACCGUGACUCCGACUCUGGUGGAGAACUUCUUACUGACCGUUCAUUGGCAAUUCCAACGUCAAUUGGAAUAACGGAGAACGAUACAACGCGGAAACGGUCGAACAGCCUGAACGAUUCUGAGGAUGGAAGUCCGGAACCAGGCUCCCAAAGCCCGACGCAUACACCUCCAUUAACGCCAGCAUUGACACCGCAAAGAGAGGAUACACCAGCGCCAGAAAAUCUAAGCCUUCGCAAAAGCGGAAGUCCUCAGCAAACGCAACAGACGCUUCAACCGGUGGAUUUGGUGCAGCCUAGACCUAGCCCUCCACUACCUUCGUUGGCGGCCGCAGCGACCGCGGUACACUUUCCACCUUAUGCUCCCCUAUACGGUCCAGCAGCGAGUUCUCUUUAUUGUUCUCCAGCGUUAUACCAGCAUCAACAUCAUCAUCACAUGCCAGAGCCCCGUGAGAUUCAAAUGCAGAUGCAGAUGCAGAAUAUUCAGCAGACUUGCGGCCUUCAGUUGCAGCAGCAACAACAGCAACAGCAGCAGCAGCAACAACAACAGCAACAACGAUCGCCUGUCGACGUUUUGUUGCGAGUGUUCCCGGGAAGGCGUCGCGCGGACGUCGAGGCUCUGUUGCACCGGUGCAAAGGCGACGUGGUGUCAGCUAUGGAGGUGCUGGUCUGCGAGGACAGUCUCCAGCCGAAAUCAGCUUUCUCGCCUUUGGCAGGCGCAUUGGCGUCGGCUGCGGCCGCGUCCGCCUCGGUCUCGGCCGCGUACGCGAGCAGAGCCGCGUACUGCACCACUCCCAUCCCUUCGACCAGGCACAGGUUCCUGGCCGCUCCUUACGCAGGAACCGGCUACCUGCCCACAGUGAUCAAGCCGCCCAAUCAGAGUCUUCACGCGAAUGGUACGAGCGACGCCUAUCAGGAGACCAGUCCCGACGACGCCAGCGACAAGACGAGCUACUCCGAGUGACCGGACGACGCGCAGGCCACCACCUGGUCUUACCUGCAAUAGCCUAGGGACGACGGGGGGAGGGACUUCGGCCGUGGAAAUGGCUGCCUGGAUCACGGGGAGGACGGAAUCUGAAAAUCAUAAUCAAAUGCGAGUCGUGAGGAUUUUCACGAAUUUCUUUCUGAUUGGGUGAAAGUCAUCGAGAUGGGAACAAUUUAGAAAUUUUGUAGAGGAUUGGUAGAGCGAGAGAUUAGGAAUGAAUAAUUUUGAAAAGGGAGAAAUAAACAGAUAUGGAACAAAUUUUUGAAAAAUUUCUAAAGAAAUUUAAAACUUCUCAGUAAAUGGGAAUAGAAAGAUGAAAAAUUGUUUGAUUUAAAUAAAUGAUCAAUUUGUGAAAAAUUGGAAUUGUGAAAGCGUUUGCAUAUAUAUUUGUUAAAGAUUCGAUCAUCAUUUUGUGGAGUUAAGAAGCAAAAAACGGCAUGAUAAAUAUCUGACAAAAAAGAAAUUGAUAAUGUGAAAAGAACUGAAGAAUUUCAUUAUAAAAAUAAUAGAAGAACUGUUAAGUGAUAUUAAAACAGAAAAGAAACCGACCUUUAAUAGAGAGUUGAUGAUUUUUAUCCAGAAAAGAUGUUUUAUUUACUUACAAAUGUAUCCAAACCGAACGAAGGUCCAAAGAAGAAACCAGUCAUUAGCAGCUUUCAAAUACGUAUCUCUCUGAGGAAGUAUUCUACAUUUUCUAAAAAUAUUAUAGACGUAUCGUAUAGUGCAUUAUUCAAGAAGAGAUAAAAAGAAGUUGAAAGUUAAAGAAAAAGACGAAAUCAAAUAUAUAUAUGAUAUAAAAGAAGAAGACGAUUUUUGUGAAAGAAUUCCCUUAGAUUCUUUCCGCCAUUAUAAACGUUGUUAGAGAAUUUCCAAUCCGUGAACGGAAAUAAACUUUUGUCAAAUGUCUCCUUCGAAGAAUUUACAAAACAGUGUGGCCAGUAAUCCACCUACAUACAUACAAUACGUACAAUUCGUACUGAUCCAUUUUCUUUGACAUGUAACGUUCUGUGAACGUACAAAGAAAAAUAUAUAGAUAGGUAACGACGAAGAAAUAAAAAGCGAGCCGCACGUUGGCCUCAUUGUAAUAAUAUAUCUUUAUACAUACAUGUGUAGAUAAAGCGACUAAAUGAAGUAUGCGUGUAGUUAAUAUUCAUGAGAGAAGAAUGAGUGAGAGACAGAGAGAAUGAGAAAUAUAAAAGAAGAAAAUUGUAUCGUCGCGAUAAAAGUAAAAAUAAAAAAGGGAAAAAAAAAAAGAAUAAAUCACGAAAGAAAUUUGUAAAUACGCGUGAAUUGCUUUAGCCUGAUCAUCCAUUGCAGUUAAUCUGAGAUAUUGUCACGGAGUAUGUUUAGCAAAGUUACAUGAUAUAAAAAUAAUGGAAAAGAAUAAACAGAAAAAUAAAAAAAAAAAAAAAGUAAAAAAAAAAUGUCGAGGAAAAAAAUAAAACGGAAAAUAAAUUAUGUGUUUCUGAUGAUCGAUGCAGAAACAUAUAAGUACAUAUAACAAUGAUCGAUUAUACAUAAGUGUUUGCCUGUAAGUAUCACGGCUCUAAGAUGUUAGAUUUGCCGGCGACCGGAAACGUCGUUCUUUGUAGUUACCAUAUGUUAUUCGAACAAAUGUAUAGACGGUUUAUGAGAAUAAUAAAUAAGAUAUUGAUACUCCA